CGCGAGCGAUGUUGCGUAUUUCUCGUUACUAGGAUCACCAGAUUUUCGUGCAUGUUUUGCAGUCAUACUAUUCAGAAAAGUUUCGUGGAAUUAAAAUCGCUUGUGGACUAUACAAAUCGAAGAGAAUUCGGUAAGACUGCAUGUCACGAACAUCAGAGCGUUUCGGACAAGCUCACGGCCCAGCGAUCUACUAAAGCUCUAAUAGCUGACACACCAGUCAAUUGUCGCUCUGUCUAUUUGCUUCGACUUAAUUGUUCCGGCCGACUCGUUGCUGCGGCACACGGAGAUCGAUCUGUUUGUGUUUAUUGCGCUUCCACUGGCCGACUACUGUUAAAAUGCAUUGGUCAUGAAAAAUCUCCUUGGACACUAACUUUUCAUCCAACACAACCCUUCUUGCUUGCGAGUGGAUGCCUUGGUGGCAAUGUACGGCUUUGGAAUUUAGAGCAUUUGGCAGUACUUGGUGAUGAAAAAAUCGAGGGCACUGUGGAACUAUCAUCUGUAUGCGUUUGGAAGCACACGGGUGCAAUCGCAUCCCUUACUUUCCAUCCAGUUCAUCCCAUACUAGUAGCAGCAUGGACUCAAGAAGUGGUCUUUUAUGAUUGGGUAUCUGGUCGGAUACUUUCGGCAUGGCGAUUUGUGUCAAAUCAUUCACGCGUAAGAUGGGUGAAAUUCGCCCCUGAUGGAACAGUUUUAUACACAGCAACCGCCAAUCCAUCCAACAAUGAAUCAGUUUAUGUACAUAAGCAAUCUGAUCAACCAGUGGUUAGGAGCCCAACAAAAGUAGUAGCUACCAAAUACCCGAAAGAACCAUCUUAUAUCCAAGUGGAUCAUGAUGGCGUCAAUGUAACUCCCGAAGCCUCAUGUGAUCUCACAGUACCUCGUGAUACUCUUUUAGAAUAUCUUGUCAAUUGUUCUGACUCCUGGUUUCAAAGUCUCGGUAUAUGUUCCGUUUGUUCGGUUCGUUUAUGUCGGUGGGCUGGAACUCUCGGACCUAAAUUCCCAGCAACGACGACAGAUAUUCGCCUUGGGAUGUCUGUGGCACAACAAGCCGCAGCUAUUAUGGCCACCAGUACUUCGUCCACAUGA